AUGGAAAUAGAGAGUAUGAGAAAUACAGCGAACAUCAUAGAAACACCUGAAAAAUCCGAAAAAAGGAAAAGAGACAAGGAAGAAUCAAUGGCGGCAUCCAUUAAAAAUAUGGUGCAGACAAUAAAAAGCAGAAUGAUAGCACUAGAAGAGCUAGCGCAGAAAACGGGCAAUAUAAGAACGGAUAUAAGGAAGGAAAUAAGAGCGAUAAGAAGCAGAACGGAAAACUUAAAUCUAAUAGUAGAAAACUUCCAAUUUAGCCCAGAGAAACAUAAACAAAAAAGACUGACAGAGAACGUACAAAAAGUGUCUAUAGGCACACAAACAGAUGAAGAAACUAUAAAAAACGAGAUUGAAGAAGAAAGAAAAAGGAGAAUUGAAAACAUAAAAAAUAAAAUCGAACAGGAGAAUACUUUUAAGGAGUUUGAAAAGGUUUUAGAAGAAAGAUGGCCAGAGGACCUAUACAAAGCCACAGAAUUCACAACCGAAAAUAUAGAAAUUAGCAAAAGGAAAAAGGAUAUAGCGAUAAUAAUGGAUCCGAGGAAAGAUAACAGGGGCCUAGAAUUUAACGUACUUGAAGAAAAGAUACCGGAAAUGAAAGUACUGACAGAGGAUGAAAUGGAAGAGGGGACAGUGGAGAGCAUAACAAUAUUCACCGAAAUAGUAAGUAGCAGAAAUAAAAACGAAGAGAAAUGUAAGAGAGUGAUAUACACGUUACCCAUAAGAGCGGAGAAAGAUUUCUUUAAAACCGAAGACAUAUAUAACAUAGCACAGAAGUUGAAGGAAAGGAUCGAAACGGAUAAGGAUACUGAGGUUGUAGUAACGUCCACGACGAUAAAAGACAGCACAAUAAUUAGGAAAUGUAUGGAAAAGGUAUUUCAUAACACCAAGUGUAAAAUAUAUAUAUUAGGAGGGGAACCAGAAAUCGAACAAAAACAAGAAACAGGAAAACUUAUAGUUAAAGCCAACGGCAGAAGCUACGCGGAACUAGUUAAAGAUAUGAAAAAGAACAUAAAUAUAGAGCAGUCGGGAAUAACUAUUAAGGGGAUGAAAAGGACAGUAAAGGGAGAUCUUUUUUUGGAGGUCGUUGGGAAAGCAGAAACAAAUAAAUUGAAAAAAGAAAUAGUGGAAAGAACGGAUAAUAAAGAUGUAAUUUUCAAAACUGCGGGAGUUACAUUAGAAAUAACAGAAGUAGAAGCAGGACUGAGAUGUGAACAAGUAGAAUCAGAAAUAGCAAGGAAUACAGGAAUUAGGAAGGAAGAAAUUAAAGUGCAAGCAUUAAGGGAAAUAAAAAGAAGUGGAAAUCAGGUUAGAGAUCCAAUAUCAGCUACUGCCCAAGGGGAGGUUAAGGAAGGCGAAGAGUCAAGGUUGAAGGAGUGGCUCAAGCAGGAUAUAACCGUGCGAAGAAGCUCUAUACCACGGACACCGGAUAAAUUAAAAGACCGACAGGGGCAGCAUAGCGAAGGUGAGACGUUCUCUACUCCGGUAGGAGUGCUCACUCAGAAGAAUGCUGGAACAAGCACAACAGAUAGCGAACUACAAUCGAACGUGGUAGAAAUCCCCGACACAAGUCUAAAGGAGGGAAAAGCGAAAGAAGAGCAAGACUGGACGGCCCAAAAAGCCAAACGCAAACGAAAGGAAGAGGACUCACCGACGAUGGGAAAACAAACGCCAAACAAAGAAGAUAAAUGGGAGGAGGAAAUAGGGAAAACCCUAGAAAAACUGGUAAGACAAAAUCGAAAUCUAAAUGAACUAGUGUCAAAAAACGCGAAUACGAAAAGAGAAUUAAAAACUGCGAUCGGGAACUUAGGAUACCUAAUAUCAAGAAUAGAAACGCAAUAUAAUACGCGCCAAACAGAAAGGAAAAAGGCUGUCGGUAUCGAAAUAGGUACUCAGACUGAGCCGAUAGAACUGAGUACGAUGGAUAAAGGAACCCAGGCGAACGAGGAAGAGAUGGAACUAGAGGAGGCCAUAGACAAAGCUCGUGACUAUCAGGACAUGGAGAUGUUGCUGGAUCGCUACUGGCCAGAGGAGGCCUUCAAAAAGACCAGAGAGGAAGUGGAAUACCCAAUAAAGGCGGAUAAAGGAUGGGAUCUCGCUAUUGUGAUGGAUCCAAAAAAUAAGGAAACAGGGAUAGGGAGAAUAUUAAAGGAACGUCAUCCAGACGCAUGGGAAGUAAUCGGGACGGAUCAAAGGAAACUAAAAACGAUGAAGCUCUACACCAAAGCCAUAACCUAUCACGGAAAAGUAGAAGAAAACGAAAAGCACAUAAGCGUAAUGGAAGUGGAAGAGGUGGAAGGAAAGGUUGAAAACGAACAAAUAUACAAUCUACUAACAGAACUGGGAAAUAUGAUGGACAAGGAAAACAGGAAAAAAAUUAUAAUUGCAGUGGCUGAAGGCUUGAACAGAAAAACCUGCAGGAAAAUGAUCGAAUGUGUAUUUAGACUAACUGAUGUGGAAAUUAUCUACAGAGUACCAGCUCGGGAGCAGGAUGCUGUAAAUAUAGCGAAUAGGGGAGCACAGAGGGAAACGAGUAGCUCGAUAUUAAUCAAGAGCACAGGAAGCUCGUACGCCGACUUACUAAGAAGAGUCAAGGAAAAGGUGGACAUAGAACAACUAGGAAUCAAAGUUAAAAGGAUAAAACAAGUGGGAGAAGAGGACGUGCAUAUAACAGUCGAGGGCGGAAAGGAUAAGGCGGAGCGUUUAAAGGGUAAAAUAAACCAACACUGCAAGGAUAUUACGAUUACUACCAGGAUGAGCGGAACCACAAUACUUAUACUAGGAAUGGGAGCGGACACGGAGGAGCAGGAUAUUACAGAGGCAUUGGUCAAAACCAUAGUUGAGGAUAGGAAUAGGAUGUAUGUAACGCCGUUCAGGAUUAAUCCUGAUGGAACGGUAGAUAAGAGGAAAUUAAUAGAAGUUAGUCGCAAGCUAAGACAGUUAGUAGACGAGGAACAGGACGGAGAAUUAAAAGUAAUUGCGAUGGGAGAUGCACCACUUGACUACCUAAGGAAAGGACUUGAACUAGGAUUUAACAAAAGCAAAUUAGAAAUUAAAAUCAUAACAAAAAGGAAAGAGGAAACGAUUAAAGCCAAUAGGAGGACAGACGACAAGCUGAUUUUAAAAGCAGAAGGAAGAAGUUACGCUGAUAUGCUAAAGGACAUGAAGAAACAAGUUGACGUGGAAAAACUGGGUGUUAAUAUAAAUAGGAUUAAAAAGACUGCUAGCGGCGAUUUACUAUUACAAAUGAAAGGAGGGAGAAGUGCAGAAGUUUUGAAGCGUGCGCUAAAGGAAAACAUGACGAAUACGGUGGUGAUACAUAAAAAGGACACGAAAACAAUACAAGUGCUGGACAUUACAGCCGACUUGGACAAAGAGGAAAUAAUAGAGGCCAUCCAAAGGCAAACGUGUCUUGGCGAGUCUUGCAGCAAGCAGGAAACGUCGAACGAUUAG